UUUGGGGGAUUUCGGCCCAAAAACGCUCUCCAGGAGAAGCCCUAUCCCGUUCCCCAUAUGGAGGCGUCCCCGAUGUCUCGCUCGGGAUCCCUCAUCUGAAGGAUCGAGGUCGGGAUCCCCCAUCCCUCAACCGCCGACGGUGAAGCCUCCUUCCCGCGUAAUCCUCCUCUCCUCCAGAGUGUUGUGAUGGAUUCUCAAGAUGAUACAAUGGGUAUGUAUACCAGUUUAUUGAGUGAGCACGUCGUCGUUGAUGAAGUUUGGGAUGACACUCAAAAUUACAGCCAUUUGGAGAGCAACCAAUUCCAAAUGAAAUUGUUACUCCUCCGGUUAACCGCCUCUGCCUCCUCCCGUCUUCCAUCUUUGCGGCGGCGGUGGCCGAAAAUCCUAUGGCCUCGAGAGGCUUCCACGCGGUGGCUAGCUCCGGCUCUGAGGACGAGGAGGAGGAGGCGGGUUUGUCCAGGAGCUAUUUCCUCGCCAAGGAGAAGGAGCCCUCCGGCAAGAAGCGCGCCCGCGCUGCCGCUGGCAAACUCUCCGAUCUCAACAUCGUCGACGAGCAGGUGUUGCGAGCAUCCCUUGCUGAGAUACCCCCGAAGCAUGAGAAGGAGGUCGAUGCCCUCACGAAAAGCUACAAGGACCAAUACCGCAACUGGCUUUUCGAGCUUAGGUGUGGUUUUAGCCUCUUGAUGUAUGGCUUUGGAUCUAAGAAGCUGUUGUUGGAGGAUUUUGCUUCGACGACCUUGACUGAUUUCACGGUCAUGGUGAUCAAUGGCUAUCUUCCGUCCAUCAACUUGAAGCAAGUCAUGGUAACAAUAGCUGAAUUAUUUUGGGAGCAAACAAAGCUUAAUCGGAAACACAAGUCAGGAACAAAGUCCCAACCACAAUCAUUUGCCUCCCAAUCAAUAGAUGACAUUAUCUCAUUUCUAAAUAACCAAGCAUCUGAAGGAGAUGAUCAUGUGUGCCUUCUUAUUCACAAUAUUGAUGGACCCGCUUUGCGUGAUGCUGAAUCACAGCAGUGUCUAGCACAAGUUUCUUGCUGCCCACAAGUCCAUAUUGUUGCAUCAGUAGAUCAUGUCAAUGCACCUUUAUUGUGGGACAAGAAGAUGGUGCAUACACAGUUUAAAUGGAGCUGGUACCAUGUCCCAACAUUUGCGCCUUACAAAGUUGAAGGAGUUUUCUACCCGUUGAUACUUGCUAGUGGUGGUCAUGCACAAACCACAAAAACUGCCCUUGUUGUUCUUCAAAGUCUGACACCAAAUGCACAAAGUGUCUUUAGAGUUCUUGCUGAAUAUCAAUUGGCAAAUGAAAAAGAGGAAGGUAUGCCUGUCAGCAGCUUGUAUACAAAGUGUCGUGAGCGCUUCCUGGUAAGCAGUCAAGUGACAUUGAACUCACACCUGACAGAGUUCAAAGAUCAUGAUCUGGUCAAGAUCAGAAAGCACUCUGAUGGUCAAGAUUGCCUCCACAUUCCCCUUGUUUCUGAUGCACUGGAGAAAUUGCUGCAAGAAUUAGCAUGACCUUCUAGAAUUGGACCUUUCUGAUUGAUUUAGUUGACCGAGGAGGCAAGCGGAGCUCUUUGAAAGGAGAAGUUUUAUACUUCCAUAUUCUACAUGUAGUCACCAUGGAAAGAACUCAGUUGAGUAUUCCAUUCUGUAAUUGUACAUCAAUUUUUCAGCACUUCGGUCUAUCAAAUGGCUAAAUAUUGCAUGAAUUGCUCACGUUGGUGUAUGUCCUUUGGCUCAGCAUUUUUGUUAUAAGACCUAAUUUAGCACUGCACAACUUCAAUAAGGUA